GCCUUUCCUUGCCUGGAUGCUCCCUUGGCCCCCGGGCUCCGCGUUGGCAAUGCGUGAGCCCUAGGCAGCGAGGAGGAGGAAGGAGACCUGGCCAUGGGGCACAACAGGAGCUGGAUCCCAAAGAGCCAGGGCGAGCCUGCCCUCUACCAAGCCGUGGCCAGGGCCGUGGAGAUGAGGAACGUGUCAGCGGCCCACGGCGCCUGGAGCAGAAGGAACGCCACCGGGAUGGGCGCCCCGGAGAGCGGCGAGUACGGCGAGGAGCAAAGCUACAGGCACUUCACCACCGCCGUGCAAGUUGUCAUCUUCAUAGGCUCUUUGCUGGGCAACAUCAUGGUGCUGUGGUCGACUUGCAGGCCGUCGGUGCUCAAGUCGGUGACGAACCGCUUCGUGAGGAACCUGGCGUGCUCGGGGCUCUGUGCCAGCCUGCUCUGUGUGCCUUUCGACAUCGUCCUCAGCGCCAGCCCGCACUGCUGCUGGUGGAGCUACACGAUGCUCUUCUGCAAGGUUGCCAAGUUUUUGCACAAAGUCUUCUGCUCAGUAACCAUUCUUAGUUUUCCGGCCAUUGCUCUGGACAGGUACUACUCUGUUUUAUACCCUCUGGAAAGAAAAAUAUCUGAUGCAAAAUCCCGCGACGUGGUUAUCUACAUCUGGGCCCAUGCCGUAGUGGCCAGCAUCCCGGUGUUUGCUGUGACCAACGUGUCCGAUAUUUAUGCCAUGUCUACCUGUUCCCAGUCCUGGAGUUACUCCCUUGGUCACCUGGUGUAUGUCAUCAUCUACAACGUCACCACUGUGAUUGUGCCCGUGGCUGUGGUAUUUCUCUUUAUGAUUCUUAUCCGCAGAGCACUGAGUGCUAGCCAGAAGAAAAAAGUCAUCAUAGCUGCCUUAAGGACCCCUCAGAAUACGAUAUCUAUCCCUUACGCCUCCCAGCGGGAAGCUGAGCUUCAUGCCAUGCUGCUUUCCAUGGUUAUGAUAUUUAUUUUCUGCAGUAUCCCCUAUGUGACUCUGGUGAUUUACCGCACUGUGCUCAACGCUUCAGACAUUUCGGGCGUCCUGUUCCUCACUGCCAUUUGGUUGCCCAAGGUCUCUCUGCUGGCCAACCCCCUGUUGUUUCUAACUGUUAACAGGUCUGUCCGGAAGUGCUUAGUGGGCGCCUUAGUGCAGCUGCACCGAAGAUACAGCAGGAGAAACGUUGUGAGCUCCGGUGGCGCCGCAGACGCCAACCUGGAGGCCAGUGUGCGGUCGGGGAGCCAGCUCCUGGAGAUGUUUCACAUCGGGCAGCAACAGAUCUUCAAGCCCACAGAGGAUGAGGAGAAUGAAACCAAAUCCAUUGGCUCGGGUGACCUUCAGCAGAAGGACGUUCCUACGGCCAGCUUCGAGGUAGAGCAGACUGUGGUUCACAAGUUCAUACCGCGCACGGCUGCAGACUCUGCAGCUCAGGUGGCCCCGGCUGCGCCCGCAGACACAGACGUGGCAAGUGACAGGUAUUCCCUGCAGUUUGGGUUUGGCCCCUUUGAGCUGCCUCCACAGUGGCUCUCGGAAAGCCGGAAUAGUAAGAAGCGACUCCUGCCUCCUUUGGGAAAUACCCCUGAAGAGCUAAUCCAGACAAAGCAGUCCAAGGGUAAAGCAGAGAGAAAAAUCAGCAGGAACAAAGUCAGUAUCUUUCCCAAGGUGGAUUCUUAGUAGCAGUGGGAGCUGUGACAGAGGAGUCACCUUUGAUUUUAUGUGUGAUCCCAUGGAUCUUUGUUAUCCUACAAUUUGUUACAGGUUAAUUUUUCAAGCUAAUUCAAGAAAGAAGACAUAUUCAAGUGUUCCUUAUUAAUACGUUUCAUGAAAAUAAUAUAUACACUGAUUCAUAGUUUUAUUUGUGAAAUACCUACAGUAAUACAUGCCUGACUCACAGGGUAUUCAUGGCUUUGGGAGAAUGUUUUGUAUGGCUGAAGGAUGCAAAUGUGGCCAUUGACUUCCUGGCAAGCUUCAUGUUCCAUUAAAAUGGGCUGAUUAUCACAGCAACCUCAUAGGAACGCUCUAGUGAGCACAAAGAGAAUCAGACUGGAUAGGUCCCAACCUCCCAGAAAUGGACUCAGCUUCUGCACUUUUCUUUAAUGAAGCUGAGUGGACAACUUUUUCAAUUAAAUCCUUUUCUCAGCAGUGUUAAAAACAAAAGUUGCCUUUUUGCACAUUCUUAUAUUUACGACAUAUCUGCCAGACUUCUAAGCUGUUUUUUAAAGUGUGCUAUUUUUGACUUCAUCAAAGCCAAGGAUACCCAAAUCUUCAUGCAUACCCCUAAAAACUCAGAAAAGAAAAAAAGAAAUUCUGAAAUACCAUGUCCUUUCUAAAAAAUGAUUAUUUUUGUUGUUAAGUAAAAGCUGAAUUGGAGGCAGUAUGGGUCUGAUCCUGACCUCAGUGGAAAAGCCUGUAUGUGCCAAAGGCACGGAACACUUUGCCCCUGUGCUGAGUGUGAGGUAUGUAAUAGUGUGUUGCAAAUAACCAAAGUGCUGGUGCGCUCUGCGUGUUUCCUUAGGGGACAGCUGGCAAAUGGAACCAUUGGGGUCAGAACGGCUGGCAGCCCUGCACUGGGCUGGUGAUAGAUCCCAAACUGUGAGGUUUGCUGAUGCUGCUGUUCCUUUCCCAGGAGGGCAGUGUGGUAGGAGGCUUUCCUUUUACCUCUGCACAUAGAAAUACCAGUUGUUCUCCUCCACUCACGUCAGACUAGUUGCCUGAACGUACAACUAAAUGUGCGACUUCCCAAUCCGGUGCCUGGUUCGUGCCCGUAGGAAUCACGCUGUCCCUGGUUCCAGCCCACCAGCCUUUCUGCGAGUGUUCAGGCAGCUUAGUCCCUCGUGGCGUCACAGCCCUGUUGUCCUGUGUGCUCUAAGUGUGAAUUUUCAACUGUAUCAGCCUGUCAGGUGACCUCAAAACUGUUGUAACCCUGGCAUUUUAAACUGUGUUCCAUUGCAAGUAGUCUUCCUCAUCUGCAUUCAUUGCUGUCGCACUGGUAGUUUAUUAAGAGCACAGUCUAGUAAGACCUCCUGUAAUCUAGCCCUCUGGUGCAUGUCAAACCUUUGCCUGUAAUUUAUUGUCUGCUUAUCAAAGUAGUUUUCUUUAAGGCUUGUUUUCUAAAAGACUGGAUGAAGAAUCUUGCCAAGUUCACCGUUACUUGCCAAACCCAACUGAUUACUGUGAGGAAAAAGUACUGCUGUGGCAGAGUGUGGAGCUGUACCUGUUCCGACUGUGACAUGGUUGAAGAAAGUCAACAGCUUCUGAUGAAUUUCUACAAGGCA